AGUUUUGUCGUGAACCGGCGCGGUCACAACAACAACCCCGAAAACAUAGAUGCGUGACGUUCGUCUCACGAAAAGCACGUUUUCCAUAACCUGUCCGGACUUUUUCGAAAUUUCCCCCGGAAAAAUUUAAACCAAUUUCAUCCAGAUACAGAAUAGACUUGGAAACAUCAAAAGUGAGAAACAGAACUGCAAAUAAAAUUUGAAAAUUAGAAAAUGAACUGUUAAGACUUGAAAGUUCAUUGAACACACCCUUUUCGUUGGUUAGAAUUCCAUUCCAACUGAAAUUUGGAACUUCUUCAAAAUCUGGAGUUGAUCCACAGUGUAACCCUGUAGAAACACUGAAAAGAAUAGAAUUCGACAUCUGAAGCUAAAUUUGGGAAUGUGAAGGCACUCCAGAUGUGAACGUAUCAACACAGGCAGGAGGUGCAUGCCAGUGAUGAGGAAUGCUAUUUCAUCCGGGAGUCAAGUUGAACAGCCCAGCAACCAGCAGUGGCCAGAAGCUAAUAGAUAACUGGCAAGUAGCUGGCAAGCAAGUAGCCAACUGGCAAGUAGCUGGCAAGCAAGUAGCCAACUGGCAAGUAUCUGGAGAGCAAGUAGCCAACUGGCAAGUAUCUGGAAAGCAAGUAACCUAUCUACAAGAGCCAGAAAGGGCUGCAGACUACCUGCUUCAAGUUAAUCUCCAAUCACUCAACUUGUUAGUAGCUGCCUUACAAGAAUCAGAGUGUGGAACAGUUUAUUCUCCACUAGUCAACUUGAGAGUAGAUAACUUACAAGAAGAAGAAAGGAAUAGAGAUUGCUUACAUCAAGUAGAAUUGCAUUUAGAUGAUUUCCUACUUGUCGAAUUUGUAGAUUGGCAACUACCUGACUUGCAACUAAUUGAGAGUCAAAUACAAAUAAGGCAAAUCGCUAAGAGGCAAAUUGCGAAGAAGGAAAUAACAAAGAGGCGAGUUGCAAAGAGGCAAGUUCGGAAAAGGCAAGUUUCAAAAAGGCUUGUUGCAAAGAAGCAAGUUGCAAAGAGUCAAUCUGCAAAGAGGCAAGUGGCAAAGAGGCAAGCUGCAAGAAGUAAAGUUGCAAAAAAGCAAGUGGUAAAGAGGCAAUUUACAAAGAAGGAAGUUGCAAAAAAACAAGCCGCAGAGAGUCAAUCGGAAGGAAAAAAACUUGUUAACAGUCAAGGGGGGAGAAGGCCAACUCAAGUGAGAAAAAUCGUAAAGAAACAGGAUACAGUGGGGCUGAUUGAAGACAGGCAAGAUAACUUGAGGCAAGUGGUGAAGAGGCAAGUUGCAGUGAGGUUGCAAGCUGCAAGUUGGCUCACUCAACAUGGUGAUGAAAGCUGCCAGAGUGUUCUAUCCAUAUGAGGCACUCAAUGAGACUCACGCCUGCGUCAGAUUACAUGCCAGACAUGCUGCUAUCACUAGCGCCAUCUAUACACUGAACAUCUCCAUCCUCGUCAUGCUGAUCUAUUCGUGGCGCGUCAACUCGAACUUCAGGAAACAGGUGGACUUGCAGGAUGUUUACUACGGAGUUCAAAUCGCCUACUUUGCAAUCAUUGGAACCCAGCUAUUCAUGAUUAUACUGAGCGCUCUGCUGCUGGUCGGAGUUCUGAAGGAGCGUAGUGGUCUUGUGGUGACUUGGAUAGUUGGUGUGAUCACCUUCAUUCCACUGGAAGCUGUAGCUAUGGUGUACUCCAACGUUUUGAGAGAUCAUGUCAACAGGGAGUUCGACUAUGAGUGUAAAGCUGAAGUCGCUUUCUUCCUGUGCAGGGGAGCAAUGAGUGUAAGUUUACACAUUUUUUUUCAAAUUUAA